AUGGAACUACGCUGUAAAAAUGGUAGUGCGAUAGAUCGUUGGCGAAGUUUGAUGGGUCCGUCAAAAAUGGCAAGAAAUUUAUUGCCGCAAAAUCGUCGGAACCUUCGUUCAGCGUAUGCGAUUUCUGAUACACGAAAUUUGGUGCAUGGAGCAGAUUCUGAGCAGAAUGCUGCCGAAGAAAUGAAACUGUUUGCGCCGCUACCAACAUUUGACAUUGCUAAUCUGAUUAGUGAUGAUGCAAGUCCGUGA